AUGAAGAAGGAGAGAGGUCAGAGUGAAGGAAACGGAAGCAGGCAGAUGGAGGUCGGUGAGAUGAUUUCUGGGGGUGACCCGGGGAGCUCUGCGAUGGAUUUCCAGGAUGACAAGUCGAACAGCAUCUCUCCUUUCAACAUUUCGGAGGAUAGCGACGUCAACAAGUACUUGCGCGACAGCAGCGAGGAGAAAACAGUCCAGAGCUUCUUGAACCUGGAGUCCGAAUCCAACACUGGGAGCUCUGCUUCGAUGUACAGCAGCGAGACUAAGGACGCCAAGGGUAGCAGCGAUCGGUACCCUCUGAGGGGCGCAAGGCGUAGAAGCUCGCGAGGGGAGGAGGCACAGAGCACGAGCCCUCCUGAAGGUGACUCGCACACGUCUUCGUCAGAGAACCACACAAGGACGAGCCGGUCUACCUCGGGGAGUCGCAGCGAUGCUGCUGCGCAGGACAGCACUAGCUGCAAAGCGCAAAGCGAGGGGAAGCGAUCUAGGAGGAAGGGCGAGAAGGGAAGGGAGAGGGAGCACGAGGCCAGGGCAGUGAGGGACGGGUCAUCGCCGGAAUCUCCUUCGGUCGCUGGAGGAUCGAGUGAUGGAGAUGCGAGUUCAAACAGUCAGAGCGCAGAUUCAAUGACAGAGACCAAUGUGAUGAUAGCGUCACAAACCGCUCCUUCAUCUAGCACAGGUGGAGGGCGAAGUGGAGAGGGUGGCGUUGGCGGCGUCACCAGAGGAGGAGCAGGAGGAGGAGGAUCAGCUGCAACCGCUGCAGCCACAGGAGGAUCUAGCUCAGGGGCAGAGAACAAGAUGAGCGCUUCCAAGUCAGGAUCUGUGGGGAAGCGUUCGGACUCAGAUGACAGCGCAGGGUGGAUCAAGAGCCUGGAUGCCGAUGACAUCCAGAGCUAUAUGCUCAACGAGACUAGCAGCGACGAUUGA